AUACCAGAUAUGUAUUAGAUUAUGUCACAUGAGUGCAGUUCAAGAAACACGAGUCUUAUCUUCUAACUUCUCAUUUUCAACAUGCUUCCAGACCUUUUGUCCGCUUGCCUCGGACUUAUCUUGCUUUGCUGGUUCGUCUCAGCUGAGCCACUGAGAUUCAAGGAUGGCAAGUUUAGAAUAGCCCAGUUCACGGACCUGCAUUACGGGGAGGAUGAGUUUACACCGUGGGGACCAAUACAAGACAAGAACUCUGAUCACGUGAUGCACUCUGUACUGACAGCUGAGACACCCGACUUCGUCCUCUUCACAGGUGACACACUGACUGGUAAUAAUAUCGACUCCAACGCUACCUCAUACUGGAAGUACGUUCUGAGCCCCUGUCUGCAGCACAACACUCCCUGGGCCCACGUGUUUGGAAAUCACGACGAUCUGAGUCAGGAGAAGGGAGACAGGGUGACACUCAUGAAGUACGAUCAGACUUUCAACUUAUCUUACUCUGUCAUGGGACCUAAAUCUCUGUUUGGGGUCUCUAACUAUUUCCUCCCCAUUUACGGUGAACAUUCAGAUAAGGCGGAGGCGGUGAUAUACGCUCUAGACAGUGGAGGUGGAAAUGUAGACGAGCAGGUCACACAAGAGCAGAUCAACUGGCUUGUCACGAGUUAUCACAUCAAUCUCAAUGUGUACGGUCCAGUACCCAGCAUACUUACAUUCCACAUUCCACCACCGGAAUUCGAGGAGCUCUUCAACAAGGUGGAAUGUACCGGUUACCUGAACAACACAAUACUACCUCUGGCUAGUAAAGGACUAUACGAAACUAUUCUGUCCCUGCCAAACGUUCAUCUUGUUACGACAGGACACUACCACGAAAACGAUUAUUGUUGUCCAACUAAAAACAAACUCCUCUGUCAGGGUCGCCACAGUGGGUAUGGAGGGUACAGUACCAUAGCUAGAGGAUCCCGGAUUAUUCAACUGGAGAAAGAUAAACUUCAAACAUGGAUCAGAAUGGAGAACAAGGAUGUCCUAGAUCAUCUUGUGUUAAAAUAUGAUUAAAGUAUUUCAUACUGAUAAGAGAAAUUAAUUCAAACUUCUGUCAGAACAGAAAACAGAGAUAUUUAAAAAAAAAACACUAGUAU